AUCACUCUUUAUUUCUCUUUUCCCUUUAUCUUGUUUUCGACACUGUAAGGAGCUUUAAGUGUAAAGUUUAUCGGGGAGGAGACUUCCGGGGGAAUCGAAACUUUUCUUUUUGGGUCUGUGUCUGAGAACGGUCGGUGGUUCCAGCUGUCGGUGGUUCGGUGAGGGUCAGCUGUAACGGGACUGUUACCGAGGAUGAAGAUGAUGAUCGUGCUCCUCUUACUCAUUUCACAGCAUGCAUCAGGGGUGGAGGUGAAGGUGUAUGAGGGGGUGGAGUCUGUCCUGCUGCCCUGUCAGGUACCAGAUAAUGUUUCCAGGAGCUCCACAUCAGCAGUGUGGGAUCGUAAUGGGUUCAGUAACCCAACAGUUCACAUGCGUCUGCGGAGCAGAGAUGAUCAUUCAAAACAAAACCCACGUUACACCAACCGAACGUCAAUGAGAGACGAUGCUCUGACGACUGGAGACCUCAGCCUCACUCUGAGGAACCCCACAGUCUUUGACAGUGGAACCUACAACUGCACCGCCCUGAAUGCUGGACAUGCUCAGAACUGGACUGAAGUACAGCUUAAGGUCAAAGAAACUCCUCCAGUCUGGCCUAAAGUCCUCUCAGCUGUGCUGGGUACUCUGAUCAUCCUGGCUGCUGCCUUUGGUCUGUUUAUGUACCGUGCAUAUAAAAGGAUGAAGAACAGAGAAGCUCUACAGCCAGAGGUGGUGGAGGUGCCACAGGGGGAGGAGUCUGUCCUGCUGCCCUUUAAAACCACGGCUUACCUUCCUCAGGACGUCACAGUGGAGUGGAGACUCACUGAACCCAAGCACAUGAAGGUCCACGUGUAUGAGAGUGGAAACAAUCAGCCAGGUAAACAGGACCAGGUUUACAGAGGUCGCACAGGAGGCUGUGAAGAUCCACUAAGAACUAAAGACCUCAGUCUGACCCUGAAACACCUCCACCUCACUGACAGUGGAGUCUACACCUGCACCGUCUACAACAAGGAUGGACACACUCUGCUACAGAAAUCAGUGAUUCUCAGUGUCAGAGUUCCUCAGCCAGAGGUGGUGGAGGUGCCAAAGUGGCAGAAGUCUGUCCUGCUGCCCUUUAAAACCACAGCUGACCUUCCUCAGGAUGUCACAGUGGAGUGGAGACUCACUGAACCCAAGCACAUGAAGGUCCACCUGUAUGAGAGUGGAAACAAUCAGCCAGAUAAACAGGACCAGGAUUACAGAGGUCGCACAGAGAUGGAUGAAGAUCCACUGAGAACUAAAGACCUCAGUCUGACCCUGAAACACCUCCACCCUACUGACAGUGGAGUCUACACCUGCAACAUCUACAACACAUACAGAGCCAUCCUGCUACAGAAAUCAGUGAUUCUCAGUGUCAGAGUCAACAAAGUGGAGGCAGUGGAGGUGACAAAUGGGGAGGAGUCUGUCCUGCUGCCCUUUAAAUUCCCAGCUGACCUUCCUCGGGACAUCACAGUGGAGUGGACACACAACAACAUGAAGGUCCACGUGUAUGAGACUGGAAACAAUCAGCCAGAUAAACAGGACCAGGGUUACAGAGGUCGCACAGAGAUGGAUGAAGAUCCACUGAGAACUAAAGACCUCAGUCUGACCCUGAAACACCUCCACCUCACUGACAGUGGAGCCUACACCUGCACCGUCUACAACAAGGAUGGAAACAAGCUGCUACAGAAAUCAGUGAUUCUCAGUGUCAGAGAGUACGAGAAGGCGAUGGUGACAGAGGGGACAGAGUCUGUCCAGCUGCCCUUUAGGAUCACAGCUGACCUUCGUCAGGACGUCAAAGUGGAGUGGAAUUACGAAAAAAUGAAGGUCCACGUGUAUAAGAGUGGAAAAAAUCAGCUAGGUAAACAGCAUCAGGGUUACAUCGGACGCACAGAGAUGAAUGAAGAUCCACUGAGAACUAAAGACCUCAGUCUGACCCUGAAAUAUCCCCACCUCACUGACAGUGGAGUCUACACCUGCACCGUCUAUGGCAAGGGUAGACACACUCUGCUACAGAAAUCAGUGGCUCUCUGUGUCACAGUGGAGAAGCACAUUGUGACACAGGGGGAGGAGUCUGUCCUUCUACCCUUUAAAACCACAGCUGACCUUCCUCAGGAUGUCACAGUGGAGUGGAGACUCACUGAACCCAAGCACAUGGAGGUCCACGUGUAUGAGACUGGAAACAAUCAGCCAGAUAAACAGGACCAGGUUUACAGAGGUCGCACAGAGAUGAAUGAAGAUCCACUGAGAGCUAAAGACCUCAGUCUGACCCUGAAACACCUCCGCCUCACUGACAGUGGAGUCUACACCUGCACCGUCUACAACAAGGAUGGACACACUCUGCUCCAGAAAUCAGUGAGACUCAGUGUCAGAGAUGUUGGGAUGGAGAUGGUUGUUACACAAGGGUUAAAGUUUGUAAUGCUGCCCUUUAUAAUACCACAUGACCUUCCUCGGGGUACCACAGUGAAGUGGAGACACAACAAUGUGACAGUCUACAGGUGCAUACAUGUAAAUGUUAACUCACAGUACCAGGAUUACAGAGGUCGCACAGAGAUGAAUAAUGGCGCCCUGACAACUGGAGACCUCAGUCUGACACUGAAAGACCUCCACCUCACUGACAGUGGAGUCUACACCUGCACCGUCUACAACAAGGAUGGACAUAUGCUGCUACAAAAAUCAGUGAGACUCAGUGUCAGAGAUAAUGAAGUGAACAUGGUGGAGGUGACCCAGGCGAAGGAGACUGUCCUUCUGCCCUUUAAAACAACAGCUGACCUUCCCCAGGACGUCACAGUGGAGUGGACACACUCAGGCUCCAAACACGCCAAAGUCUUCGUGUUUCAGAAAAGCCAAAGCCAGGUAGAAGAACAGGACCAGGUUUACAGAGGUCGCACAGAGAUGAAGGAAGAUCCACUGAGAACUAAAGACCUCAGUCUGACCCUGAAAGACCUCCACCUAACUGACAGUGGAGUCUACACCUGCAACGUCUACAACAAGGAUGGACACAUGCUGCUACAGAAAUCAGUGACUCUCACAGUCACAGAAACCUUGAUGGGAUCCAUGGCAGACAUGCUUCCACGUCUCAGGAGGAGGAGGAGGGCACCAGAGGAGCUGAGGAAAAUGUAAAGACAGGCUGACGGAGAACAGCUGCCUCAGAGUGCAUCUCAUACACCCGGACUUCAGUGGAGAAACACCACCCUCCAGUAAAGUGGAGUCACCACUCUUCAGUCUCUGCAGACUACGUCACAAUCGAAAAGCCUAAUAGAAAAGAAUGUCAUUGUAAUCAGUACAAGGACGGUAAAGUUGUCAGUCACGCUGGUUAGAAAACCAUAAACAUGUCAGUAAUAAAACA